AUAUAUAUAUAUAUAUUAAGGAUCGUGAUUCCACAAUUUUCCAUUUCUGUAACUUACGUGGCUUCUAAUCACGGCUCAGUGAACAAAUCUGAUCUUAGCCUCAUCAUCUUUCCAUCUCCAUAACUCACAGAAAUUGCAGCAUAAGGGGAGAGAUUAGAUUGAUUUCUUCCUUCUGUUUUGGAUCAUAGGGUUUUUUUAAUGGAUCUGCAUUCCUUCAGGAGGAGGCAAUCUCUUUCCAAGGCCAUUGAUCAACGGCCUGAAGAACCGUUCGGUGUCCCUGAGAGAAGAUUCAGUUUGCUCGGGGCAAUGACAAUCACGAAGAUCUUGGCUAUUUUCUUGGUUAUCUUCCCGGUUCUGCUAGUACUCGUGAUUUUCUUCGGACAUGACUCGUAUCAUCAAGGCAAUGGCUUUGCAGAAGCCAGGGUCAUGGUUGUGAAACCGGAACCAAAUGCGACAUUUUCAGAUGAUCAGAGGGUCGGUCUGGACAAGGGGUUUAAUCAGAAACAAAACGCUGGACCACUGGUAGAAGGUUCGGAAGAUUUGUCCAAACGCGAGGAAAUGUCCGAUGAGAAGAAACUGCUCGGGGGGCUUCUUGUGUCUGGUUUCCAUGAAGAUUCUUGCUUGAGUAGAUACCAAUCAUUCAUGUACCGGAAAGCAUCGAUCCAUAAACCUUCAUCGUAUCUCCUCUCGAAGCUUAGAUCCUAUGAAGAGCUUCACAGACGAUGUGGACCCGGCUCCAGACCGUAUGCCAAGGCUGCUGCAGGGCUGAAACACGCUGGUGGUUCAGAGGCAGAGGGCUGUAAGUAUGUUGUCUUGAUGUCAUUCAGUGGGUUGGGGAAUCGGAUUAUCAGUAUCGCUUCUGCGUUUCUAUACGCAAUCCUGACAGACAGAAUCCUGCUUGUCGAAGGGGGAGAGCAAGUCUCUGAUCUCUUCUGCGAGCCAUUCCCAGAGACAUCAUGGUUGUUGCCACUGGAUUUUCCUUUACUUGCUCAGUUCAGUAAGUUUGGCCAGGACUCACCUGAUUGUUACGGCAAUAUGCUGAAGAGGAAACUGGUUAACACGUCAUCUGUUUCACCCCCUUCUCAUCUGUAUCUCCAUUUGUCCCAUGAUUACAGCGACCACGACAAGAUGUUCUUCUGCCAAGAAGACCAAAGUUUCCUGGAGAAUGUCCCCUGGUUGAUCAUGAGGACAAAUAACUACUUUGUCCCAUCGCUCUUCUUGAUCCCAUCUCUUGAGAACGAGCUCGAGAAGUUGUUUCCUGAGAAAGGAACGAUUUUUCACCUCAUGGGUCGAUACCUUUUCCACCCUACGAAUCACGUCUGGGGACUGGUAACAAGGUACUAUCAAGCUUACCUAGCCAAGGCAGAUGAGAGGAUCGGCCUUCAGAUAAGAGUCUUCGAUGAAAAGUCCGGCGUAUCUCCACAUGUGACCCGUCAAAUCAUUUCCUGCAUUCAAUCCGAGGAAUUGCUACCAAAGUUAACCAAAAGAGAACCCUUUACUACUAAGCCAUCAGAAAACUCGAAACACAAAGCUGUCUUGGUCACAUCACUGACAACAGGAUACUCUGAAAUCUUGAAAAGCAUGUACUGGGAAAACCCUACUGUAACCGGGGAUGUGAUUGGAGUUCAUCAGCCAAGUCAUGAAGGACACCAACAAACGGAGAAGCUUAUGCACAACAGGAAGGCCUGGGCAGAAAUGUAUCUUCUUAGUUUAACCGACAAAUUGGUAAUAAGUGCCUGGUCUACAUUCGGGUAUGUAGCUCAGGGGCUUGGAGGGCUAAAAGCUUGGAUUCUCUUCAAGCCCGAAAACCAGACGACAAUGCCUGAUCCUCCCUGUGCCAUAGCCAUGUCACCUGACCCUUGUUUCCAUGCUCCUCCUUACUAUGAAUGCAAAGCCAAGAAAGGAAUUGAUACGGGUAAUGUCGUGCCUCACGUGAGACAUUGUGAGGACAUUACAUGGGGGCUUAAAUUAGUAGACGACUCGUGAAAAAUACUUGAAAGAUUAUGGAGAUAACAAUGGUUUACGGCAAGAUAACCGCUGCAAUGCCAAAAGAAGCUACUUUUUUGUAAGUACUUUUUCAGUAUGUAUGAAGUGAUUCUUUACCAAAAGAAGAAGCAGAUUGCCUCCUACUUCUUCCUCUUCUUGUCUUUCUCUCGUGCUUUU